AGAUACACGAUCUCUGGCUGCCGGUCUGCGGUCACGUGAGGAGCGCUGAGGACGAACUCCUAUUGGUGUAUAUGUGCUUACAUCAUCAUUGCCGGUCGGUGUUAUUGUUUACAUCUGUUUGCAUUUUUAUGGGCCAGAUGUGCUUCAUGUUUCUAUCCAUCAGCUGGAGGUAAACAGGAGCGGGUCGGUGUAUUCCGCCUGGAGGUGGAUGAACUUUACGCACUGCUGCCGCUGUGCGUAAAGUAAGAAGAAGAAGAAGAAGAAGAGCUCUCUGACUCAUUUCAGAGUCAUUUUCUUAGUUUUUUCCCCUGAAAGGACACUACAACACAUUGCACUGUGUUUAUUUUUAACAGUAAGGUUUCGAAAUGUAAUGUGAGGGCGUAAACGUGGCGCUGAAAGCCUUUUUACUCCUCCGCUGCUCUGGUUGUGUUUCGGUUUUUCUCUCCUGCGACGCUCCUCCCGGCUUUGACUCAGCUCUCCAUGUCACCUGAUUAAGAGGAAACAGACACAGAUAUGGCAUGGAGUUUACAUUUCUCUUCUACUUUCAACACGCUGAACGGACAGACCUGAUGAUCAGUAACACAGUAACAUGUGAGGGGGGAAACGGGAACCGAAAUCUGCUCUCUGGUCAUUCAACCGUGUCAACCUCUCCACAAGUCUUAUUUUAACUAGCUCCUUUAUUGAAUGUAUAUAUAUUUUUUAGCCUCGCAGCUGGUGAAGGCGCGCGUUGAGAUUAUUUUUUCAGUGUUUUUUCUUGAAACGAGGAGGAUGUCGGACACGGAGAGGUCCCUGCCGGCCCUCCGGAGGCUCAGCUACGCGCUGGGACACUUUCUCAACGACCUGUGUGCCUCCAUGUGGUUCACUUACCUGCUGGUCUUCUACCACUCAGUCCUGGGGUUCGCUAACACCUAUGCAGGUGUGUUGCUGCUGGUCGGCCAGAUAGCUGACGGCCUCUGCACUCCUCUGAUUGGCUACGAGUCCGACCGAACCCCAGGCUGUGGUAACUACGGCAAGAGGAAGACUUGGCAUUUAGUUGGUACGCUGAGCGUGGUGCUGUCCUUCGCCUUCAUCUUCAACCAGUGUCUGGGCUGUGGUCCCAACACCCCCCAGUGGGCCAGUCUCACCUACUUCGUCCCGUUCAUCAUCAUCUUCCAGUUCGGCUGGGCCGCCACCCAGAUCUCCCACCUGUCACUCAUCCCGGAGCUCGUCACCUGCGAGCACGCUAAAGUCGAACUCACUGCAUACAGGUAUGCAUUCACAGUUAUAGCCAACAUCACAGUGUAUGCAGUGGCUUACCUGCUGUUCCACGUCCAGGCCGGAGAGGACGAGGACGUGCUUGGACCAGCAGAUAUUCCUGUAUUCAGGAAUCUGGCGUUGAUUGUUCUGGGCAUCGGCAGCCUCUUCUCCCUCUUCUUCCACCUGGGAAUCAAAGAGAGGAGGCCAGGAGGAGCAGGGGAGGCUGGGGAGGAGGAGGAGGAGGGGGAGAGGAGGCCUCUGAUUCCUAAGACCUCCUUGUCUCCUCUGCUGUGGAAAUGUUGGCUGAAGCAGCCUUCCUUCUACCAGGUGGCCUUACUCUACAUGUCCACCAGGUUAAUAGUCAACCUGUCUCAGACUUACAUCUCCAUGUACCUCAUCAACACGCUGGGGCUGCCCAAGCUGUACAUUGCAACAAUCCCAUUAGUGAUGUACCUGAGUGGCUUCCUGUCCUCUUUUAUCAUGAAGCCUGUCACUAAACUCAUCGGGAAAUCUCUCACCUACUUCGUGGGCCUGCUGCUGAUCAUGGCCUUCUCCUUCUGGGUGCUGGUGGACAUCAGGAUGGGUCAGCAGGUGUACGGGGCGGCGGUGCUGCUGGGGGCGGGGUCAGCCACCAUCCUGGUCAUCUCGCUGUCCAUGACCGCCGAGCUCAUCGCCGACCAGACGCAAAGUGGAGCAUUUGUCUAUGGAGCCAUGAGUUUCACUGAUAAGGUGGCUAAUGGAGUGGCUGUGAUGAUCAUUCAGUCUGUGCAUCCUUGCCACACGGCGACCUGCUGUCCAGCCUGCGUCUGGUUCUACCACUACAUCAUGGUCAUCGUGACGGGAGGCGUGGCGGCCGUGGCAGCUCUGACGCUCUGCUCCAUCCUCAUCUGGCCAAUCAAGAUCAGACCACGUGGUCAACCAUCCGUGUGUGAAGAUACACCCAGAGUCAACUAACACUUUCCCUGCAACACUCCAGCCUACAACAGGAAAACUCUGGAACAUUUCCAGCGGUGCAAGAAGGUGUUUCACUUUCGUUUCUUUUUAAAGAUUUAUUUUAGUUUUUCAGGGAAAAGCAGCAGGGGAACUGGCCCGACUAGCUGCUGCUGCUCCACUGGAGCACUAUGAGGCACGUUUAGCACUUCUGAUAAACUGAAAAGGGAGAUUAUUUUAUUUUAACCUUAACUGACAGUUCUAGACAUGUUAACCCUUCAUUUUCCAAAAUAACCAUUUUUAUCACAGCCUGGUGAUUAAAAACACAUCUUAAUGUAAGUUAAUUUCAUGAGGUGAAGUGAUAAUUCAACAGGUAAUAGUGAUCCUGACUCCAGCACUUCACUAAAGUAUUCAGCCCUCAUUAGAGCCAUAUAUUCAAGUUAUUUGAUUUCCACGUUUAAAUUUCAACCCAAGGCUGCACAAAUGAAAUAACAGGGAAGAAAAUCAACUGUUUGUGUACUUUCUUUCACUACGGGACUUUUUUUAAAUUUAGCAUUGUUUUUAUAGCUUCUAUCAUAGCUACAGUCUGUAUAGAAUUGUACAGAAUGUUGAGCAAAAGGCGGAGGUCAUUUUAUGUCACUGCAUGUCUGCAGUGUUGGACCACAGAGGGUACGAGAGGAAAGACUGCUGACAGAUCAGCAGAAACCUCACCUCCCUGUUCAAGAGGAUCACUGGGAUCACUGGGAUCACUGGGACAGGGAACUGAUGUCCCGGUGCUUCACUAACGGACAUUAGAACCAAAAAUGGGAUGACGAAGGGAACCAGACUCAGUAUGUGGUGUGUUCAAAUGGAUCAAACUCAAAAAACACCAAAGAAGAAGCAGGGACCAUUGAAAGAAUCCAACGUGGAGGACUUGGAGGACUCUUCUCUUCCUCUCCAGCUGCUGGAAGUGCUGUGAAUACUAAUUAAAAUGAUUAAUCAACACAGCUAACAGAAACAUUCAGCAUGAUGAAAAACAAGUUUGCAAACAUUAGUCGACGAGGGCUUAAAAUUUUGCAAAAUCUGUAAAAAUUUUGUACUAUCAAUGCUUCUGUGUUGCCAGAUUUUGUUGCUGAGACACAGAAAGCUCUAAAAAAAAAAGUAUUUUUUCUGCUCAUUUGCCAUUUCAGAGUCUGACUGUUCAGACAUCUACAUUCCAUAAGUCAUUCCUGAGAUUUUAAGUUCAAAGCUCUAUUAAAGGGUCAUUACACUAAACUUUCCUCCACAGAAUGAUUCAAUCAAAAAUUCACUACGUUAACUGUCAAUGAACACAAGAAAACUAUCUCUGAGAGUUCCUGAUGAGGAGUCCCGGCCUUGUUGCAACGCACAAAUGGCACUUAAACUUAAAAAGGAAGUUACAAAAACUUCACUUGAAUGUUACUGCAGCAGCAAAAAAAAAACAAUCUGUAAGUUCUGCUUUUCUCAGCUGAUGGAGUGAUUUAACUUCAUGUACAGGAUUAAAAAGCUUCUAUAGUGUUUGAGUGUUUCUUCUGCUGCUGGGAUUCUUUUAAAGCUGAACUGGAACCAGCAGCUACUGGGAUGACUGGUGUUUAUGGAUCAUUUAGAAAAAAAACAUUCUUAUAUGUUGUUUUUCUCAAACUCAUUUUGAUAAUUGUCUUUGUACAUUGUUUUGCCUCAUUAUAAUCACAGAAAAAAUGGAAUAUGGAUUUAAAGGAUAUUUUUUAUAAUCAACAGAAACAUGAAUUAUUACGGUGUUUGAUAUAAAAAUGAAUUUAAAGGGAUCAAAACUAUCCUGUGUGUAUUAUAGUGUUUGUGUUUGAAUAAGGGAAUUAAACUGGUGAACUAUCAGAGCAGGUACUGAUGAAAAACAUGUGUUCACUUCCAGUUUCUUGUUUUUUUAACCAAUGUGCCAAAGCUCUCUGUGAUCGUUUCUGUUUUUACUUCCUUGUGUCUGUUCCAGAGACUUCUAUCAUUCUAUGUGUUGCUGUUGUUUUAUCUAAAGACACUCAUUAAAUUCGCAAGGUGCAACUAGAAA